UCGCGAGCCUCCUUAAUUUUUUACCCAGAAUUCCUUUUGGUCUUUUAAACAUACAAAAUGGCCUCUUUAUAAACGUUGGGGCUUUAAAAUAUCUGACAAAAAGCCUGUUAAAAUUAUUCGAUGUUUGAAGGAUUUGGGGCUUUAUAUUAUGUCCAUGUUGCGACUUAUAACUCUGGAUGCGAAUAACACCUUACUUAGGGUUCGUGGAAGUGUUGGGGAACUCUAUUGUAAAACAGCUCAAAAAUAUGGCCUAAACUUUGAUGCCAAGGUAUUGGACAGGGAAUUUAGAAAAUCUUAUACGAUUUAUCGCGACAAAUAUCCCAAUUUUGGAGUUCGGGAUGGUAUGUCUACUAGUGAAUGGUGGUUUAAAGUGAUAAGCAAAGCGUUCAAAAAAGUGGGCUGUGAAGAUGAGCAAGCUGUUCAAGACAUUACGAACUUUCUGUAUACAGAAUUCACUCAUGCAUCAAAGUGGGAUGUAUUCCCCGAGGUUAAGACAGUACUACAACAUCUUAAAUCCAAGGGCUUUACUCUAGGAGUUGUGUCAAACUUUGACGAACGGCUACCAAAGAUUUUGGACAGUUUAGAUUUGAUCAAAUAUUUUUCAUUCGUUUUGUGUUCUACUGAAGUUAAAAUUGCUAAACCAUCGCUUGAGAUAUUUCAGCUCGCUCUUGAACGAGGURGAGCGAGUCCUAAAGAGGCUUUACAUGUUGGAGAUAAUAUUAAUCUCGAUUAUUAUCCAUCGAUAAAUGUAGGCAUGUCUGCUUAUCUUGUUGAUAGAUAUAAAGACUCAAACGCCAAUGGAUCUGGGAUCGCUCCAGAUCGUAUAAUAACAAAUUUGAAUCCUUUAAUGAAUCUGUAACUCGUAUAAUGUCUUCUUAUAUAAUUUGAGUUAUUAAUAAAGCAUCUUCCAAUAAA